AAAGGCAUGGAUCAGCCGGUAUUCGUACCAGAGCAAGGCAUGUUCGUUACUUCGCAGGAAGCGGUAGUUCUCCGGGAGAAGAUUGACGGGAUAUGGAAGGAACCGUACGAGGUAGCUCAAGAGCUGCAAAAGAGAAUAUCAAAAGCCCAAGGACGAUUGAAGAAAACCAACCCUCAGAUUGCUCUUCGGACAGAGAAGUUCACGUGGAGAAACGUCCACAAUCAGAUCGAUGAGCUGCAGUCCAUCUACGAGGAAGAGCGGAUGCAAGGGACGGGCGGAUUUGUAAGACGAGGGCUCAACAAGAUAGGCAAAAAUGCCUCGACAUUCGAGAAAUGGCUCAAGCUCGUUCCUCAAAACGAGUCCUACGCAGCCCCUAUCACCGGCGCCUUCCAAGUCGUCCUGAGCAUGGGAAGGAGGAUGCACGAAGUCCGCCGGGAGAUUUUCGAUGCGCUGGUUGAAAUCCCCGAAUUGUUCGAGGGCAUCGAUCGUUGGAUUAAAUUGUAUGGACAAUUGGACGAUGACCUGCUGAUGAAGACGGCAUCCAACCUUUGUGCUGAGAUCCUGCGAGUUUUGUGCGAGAUCGUUUCUCAUUUCGGGGAGUCGCACGGCAAGAAAUUUAUGCAGGUUACCUUCAAAAUUGAUAGCUACGAGAGACGCCUGAGCUAUCAUGUUGAGGACAUGCGAAAGGCUCAUGGGCGUUUCAAGAAUGCCAUCGAAGCUUGCAGUGGAAAGCUUCUCGGAGCGACAUACGAUAUCUCCUAUCUGACGAACUCGAGAAUCGCACAGAUUAGCGAAAGACAAGAGCAUCUCAUACAAAUUACUAUGCAAACCAUGCAGUUGCUGCAAGAUCCGGAAAAAUUGAGUGAAGAGAGUAGGAGGAAUGUCGUACUCAGCGCGUUCCAUCGCCAACUUUGUGAAAACGCGGUUGAUUCCUCAAGAGAGAAAGAGAACGUACAGGAGCCCGAGAAAUCAAGAAGUAUGGGAAAGGAGAAGAACAUGAAGCGCAUCAAAUUGGCGCAUAUCCCUGAAUUCGAUCCAGAAGUUGGUCACAGACACAUUAAACUCUGUCGGCACAAUUCCGAAGUCACUCAAGAUGAUGACAUGGAAAGACUUGGGUGGGUCAAGAGAUCAGAAAUGUUCCGAUCCUUCCUUAUAGACCGGAGAUCCGGGUAUCUCCUCAUCGAAGGUAAUAUGCGCGACGAUCGAGUCUGUCAUCAGUCAUCGCUAUCGCUCCUGAUUGCUGAAAUGGCGGAGCUUCUCGAGAUCGUCCGCCCAACGGUGUUUGUAACCCAUUUCUGCGGCCUGCACGCCCAGGAACCAGGUUGCUUCCGAGACAUUCGAGAUUUGCUGAUCGAGUUCAUCGGCCAGCUGCUUAUGAAAUGGGAUACUGGAGCGUUUGGGAAGCCACUAGUUGAAGGGGACCUGAAGAGCAAGCUGGAGUCGAGGGAUCAUGACGUCCUUGUCCAGGUCUUCAUCACUCUGCUCUCCAAGGUCCCUAAACCAUGGACAAUAUUCUUGUUCAUCGAUGCGAUCGACAUGUACGAAACCCCUGAACGACUAAACGACACCAUGGUGGUCAUUCGCGAACUCCUGGAUUUGGUCGAGACCGAGGCACGGAGAAAGAAGUCUCGAACGAUCAAAUUGCUCGUUACCGCUCCAGCAAGCACGAUUGAGGUUGGCAACGAAUUCGAAGCCAGGGAAGGACAAUCGCGACUGAUGGUUCCUGACGCACUUGAUGAGAGUAUGAUGGACGAUGUUGGGCUGGUGGAUAUGGUUCACAGCGUAGGUCUUGGUUAAGGGACUAUUGCAGUCAGCCCAGUGUAAUGGAAAACAUUAGCGCGGAGUUUUGGAAUGGCCAUUCUGGAGACAUGAGCACUGUAACUAUUACGUAUUUAGCCUAUCCUCUUACCUAUUCCAGCCAUUCUAACGAUGAAUAAAUCGGCUACCCUUCCCAUUGUUGGGCUCACUGGAUUGAGCAAACAAGGUUGGGUUCCCUGGGGGAAGUGUUACGGCAUCCUUCCUGCUUACGCAAUACCAUCGAAGGCCUAGGU